UCAAGCAGUUCAGUUUCAAAGCUUUAUCAAGAAUUAAAAAAGGGCGUUUGUCAUCGAUUACCUAGUUACGGGGCUACGUCUGAAUGACCAUUCUGAUAUUAAAAUUGUAAAAACGUAAUAUAUAUGUUCCUAUCUUUGUACAUAUUUUUGUUAUAAUUAUGUCUAUAAAAGUUUUCACUUGUUUUACAACACUACAUAAGUUGAGGGCUUGUAUUACUUUUGCCUGGAUAUUUUAAUAACCGGCACAAGAAAUAGAGAUUUUAAAGGCAGUGUAUUAUUUGCUAAAAAUGACUGCAUUUGAAGAAUUUGGCGUAUUGCCGGAAAUAGCCAAAGCUAUUGAAGAAAUGGAUUGGACAUUACCCACUGAUGUUCAAGCUGAAGCUAUUCCACUUAUACUUGGCGGUGGUGAUGUAUUGAUGGCAGCUGAGACUGGGUCUGGUAAGACUGGAGCGUUUUGCUUACCCAUUUUACAAAUAGUUUGGGAGACUUUACGUGACUUGGAAGAAGGAAAAAUAGGGAAAAGUGCCAGCUCAACGGCUUUGGUAGCUCCUUGGACUAUGUCUUUCUUUGAUCGUACUUCAGCUUUAGCUGUUACACCGGAUGGUAUGCGUUGUCAGUCAAGGGAAUUUAAGGACUGGCAUGGGUGCCGUUGUACAACGGGUGUUAAAGGAAAGGGAAAGUAUUACUACGAAGCUACAGUUACGGAUGAAGGACUCUGCCGAGUGGGAUGGUCUACCGAAAAGGCUAAUCAUGAUUUGGGUACAUGUCGCAAUGGUUUUGGGUUUGGUGGUACUGGAAAAAAAUCAAAUAACCGUCAGUUUGAUGAUUACGGGGAGGCUUUUGGCAAAAAUGAUGUUAUAGGCUGUUUAUUAGAUUUAGAAACUAUGGAAAUUUCAUUUUCAAAAAAUGGUGUGAGCUUAGGGGUUGCUUUCCGUUUAAACGACAAUUUUCGAAACGAAACAUUUUAUCCCGCUGUCGUAUUGAAAAACGCAGAAAUGCUUUUUAAUUUUGGGAAAACGGAUUUAAAACAUUUACCUUCGAAAGGAUUCAUUGCAGUCAGCCAAGUCAAAUCAUCCAAUUCUAAAAUUAAUCCGUUAGCAAGCCCAACAACUAAUGCCGAUGCUAAUAAACCAGCACCAAAUGCACCCCAAGCAAUUGUAAUUGAGCCUAGUCGUGAAUUGGCAGAGCAAACUUUUAAUCAAAUAGAAAAGUUUAAGGUACAUUUGAGUAAUCCAGAUGUUCGAUCAUUACUGUUAAUAGGUGGAGUUAAAGUUGAACAGCAGAAAAAUGCACUUCAACAAGGAGUACACAUUGUAGUUGGAACUCCUGGUCGUUUGGAAGAAAUGAUUGGUGGCGGAUUUGUCCAAUUAACGCAUUGCAGGUUCUUUGUUUUGGAUGAGGCUGAUGCAUUGUUAAAGCAAAAUUAUACUGAUUUAAUUGAUCGACUGCACAAACAAAUUCCAAAAAUAACUUCUGAUGGACGUAGACUACAAAUGGUUGUUUGUUCAGCUACGCUACAUGCGUUUGAAGUAAAAAAAAUGGCUGAUCGUCUUAUGCAUUUUCCUACAUGGAUUGACCUAAAAGGAGAAGACGCUGUUCCUGAAACAGUUCAUCAUGUAGUUUGCAUAGUUGAUCCACAAAAAGAUACCACAUGGCACAAUUUACGUGAGCAUAUCCGUACGGACGGAGUACAUUCGCGCGAUAAUGUUCAUCCACAAAACCAUACACCGGAAACGUUUUCUGAGGGCGUGAAAUUAUUAAAAGGAGAAUAUUGUAUAAACGCCAUAGAGGAACAUAAAAUGGAUAGAGCAAUUAUAUUUUGUCGAACCAAACUGGAUUGCGAUAAUUUAGAACAUUAUCUAAAAUCUCGUUGCCAACAGCGAUACUCUUGUGUUUGCUUACAUGGGGAUCGUAAGCCACAGGAGAGAAAACACAAUUUGGAAUUAUUU